UUACUUUUCUCUGCACGUCGCCCGUUCGGAGCAAAGUGCUCCCAAGUUCUGUCGGCGGUCUGAGCUCGCUCUCCGAGAUGUCCCGAAGUCCGGUCAUCGCUGUGGCUUGCCUCGCCACCCUCCUCGUCCUCACUUUUUCCGGUGUCGGCGAAAGUGCGGACGACCCAAAACCAGCGGAUGUCAAAGCGGAAGCGCGGCCUGUUUUCAUGCCCGAGGCGGACGCCGACAACUUUUUCAAACGCCGCAGUCGCCGCUCGGUGAGAUACUACGAGCAGCUAGCUGAGCAGAGAAUGCAUCGGGCGAACUCGGAGCGUCGGAGGGAGUACAACGAGGAGCGACGCGACGAGUACGAGAACUACGCCGAAGAGGAUCGCGACGAGCAACGGGAAAGAACGAGGGAGAAAAACGAGCAAGUUCGAGAGUACAACUACGAUGGGCGUUACCCUCGAUACCACUGGUUUCACUGAGCAUGUUCACAGCGCAAGCGAACCAUAUCUUUGAAUAUAGCUUGAAAUGUCCUAAAAACACUCAACAGGACACUGAGCAUUUAUUUUCUGCAGUGUAUUACUGUAUUUUUUUUACAUUGUACACUUUCAAAAAAUAAAGGGAACACUCUGUAAAACA